AUGUAUCUUUCUCGACACUCAAUCUUGUUUGACCCAAAGUGGCAACAUCAACCGAAAAGGAACAAAUUCCAGCAAAAAGAAAAACACAUAAACCCUCGGAGCGAACUUUCGGGCAUGGCAAACUUGAGCUGUCCACACAAUCACAGCAGGAAUGACCCCCUCGACAUAGAACAGCAAUCUUCUGGUAAGCCGUAUCCAUUGGCGCGAGUUGAUAGCACAGGUUUGCCCAUUCCUCCUCCACCAGCUGAAUCUCCGCCCAUCACAACAUCAAAAGGCUUCACGCCUGACUGCAAUCGCAAUACGUGUACCAGCAAUGCGCAGGCACGAGUAGAGAAAAGUCCAAAAACUGAAAGCACCACUUCACGAGAAAAAAAUGAUAAUGUCUGGAAUUCAGAUCCCAAAGGACGAUGGUCGCUGGAGAGGAAACUUGAAAUGUUCAUCUUGUCCAUGAUGAUCUUAAUCGUUAUCGUGAUAUCUUUAAUUGUGUUUUUCAUUUUUGGGCCAAGCAGCGAAGGAAACGGCGGCGGGCCUGUCGAAAUACCUGCCACUCCUCUCAUUGAAGCACCAACGAGUUUCGCUACUGAUCCCACUCUCUCUCCCAGUGAGUUUGGAGCUACCCCAAUUCCAUCUCCCACCACGCCUCCGAGUCUCUCGCCCACAUCACCUCCGAGUCUCACUCCAACAUGGCCUCCGAGUCUCACUCCAACAUCACCAUUUCCUUCUUCAUUUCCUUCUUCACCUCCCACCACCGUGAAUCCUACCCUUUCCCCGACGGGCUUUGAGCGUGGCAUCCGUGAAUUCUUGUCCCAACAGGACGGGAAUGCCAAUCAAGACUCGGAAAAGGCAAAAAAGGCAAUCGAUUGGUUAUUGGAGGAAGCAACCGUGGCUCAAUCUGCCAUAUCGCCAUUCAAUCAGAAGUUCUUGCAACGGUAUGGUAUUUUAAUUCUGUACUUUUCCGUCUUUUCAGAUCAAAACACGGAGUCAGGUAGUCCCAAUAAUAAUGUUCCUUUACCCAAUAUGGGCAUGCAAAAUCAAGACGAAUGCACUUGGACAGGAGUGACGUGUGAUGAAAAUGGAAUGAUGACCGCAAUCAAAUUGUCCAAGCGACAAUUGGACGGAACCUUGCCAUCCGAAUGGAGACAUUUUCCAAGCCUCAAGUCUAUUGACUUUUCAGACAACAACUUGCAAGGAAGCAUUCCGGAGGAAGUUUAUGAAAUCAUUGGUCUCGAAGAGGUUUACUUGUACAAGAAUAAGUUGAGUGGGUCCAUCAGUUCCAAGAUUGGCAACUUGUGGAACUUGUCAAGAUUCCAAGCGAGCCAUAACAAGCUCUCUGGAUCUAUUCCACCUGAAUUUUCAUCCAUUGGGGGCAAGAUUCGACAGAUCCGCUACUUCGACGUUCAUCGCAAUCAAAUGACGGGCACGAUUCCUUCCAAUAUGAGGUUGCGCCAAAUGUUUUACAUGGACUUGGGACGCAAUCAAUUCAGUGGGACGCUGCCUCCCGACCUGGGCAGCGAAGGUUAUGUUCGCUUGCGCCACUUGUACCUCGACCACAAUUACUUUGAAGGUUUAUUGCCCGAGUCCUACAUAGUCGCCGGUGAUGGACGUAUCAACACGCUCUUUGUAAAUGACAACAACCUGACUGGUGCGUUUCCUGGCAACGGCGAAGUCAACCACCGGAUGAACCAACUGACAAUCCAAAACAAUAACUUCACUUCGAUGGGUCCGAAUUCUUGUAGACUGUAUUGGACUGGAUGGCUAGUUGAGUUCAAAGCAAACUGCAAUAUUUGCCGGUGCCGAUACAUGUGCCGACAUUGUGUGUAG